CGCCGUUGGUCGCACAGCUUGUGGCUGCGCUUGGAUAAAUGCUCGUCUGCUAGGGUCUAUCAGCAAUAUAACUGGUCCGCGGACGCUCUCGUUUUACAACCUCCAACGUAACUCCGUAGCUGUAUGUCUCCUUGUUGCAUCUCUAAGGCGGAGCAGCUCAACUUUAACGACGGGACGCGGCCAUCAUGUCAUCCACACCCGUGACCGCGGCCACCGCACCACCCGCAAUCCCUCUCUUCACACCUGCUCCAUACUGCUUCGAUGACAUCUGGGCAGUAGUGGAGCCAUGCGAGGUCGGGAGCUCUGCCACCUGCACAUUCUUUUCGCUGGGAAGGAACGAUGGCGACGAGGCCGAGGCAAACGACUGCAUGACUGAUGCGACUUUCGGCACGCGACAUCUUCCAGGGACCGCCUGUCCCAUCUCAUACACCAGUGUCAACUCCACCACCACUGCGUGGAAGAGCCGGACAAGGGGGACUCUGGCAUGCUGUCCCAGUCACCAAAGCUUCACAUACACCACGACGGAUCGCUCCUCAGAUGGCGGCUGCGCCGCUGUCUCUCCGUCUUUGCCAGGCACCCCUCCCUGGACCGUAACGGUGUCGCAGAACUCACUGUCUUCUCCGGCCACUACUGCAUCCGCAGUAUUCGAUCCAGCAAAAGACUUGCUGAUGGCGCCAGCACUGAGUAUGACCUACGUCGUCGAGGACGGGGUCACCGGUGAUGGCCGUCAUCCACUGGCUACAGCAACACCAUCCGCCAGAGGCUGCGACACAAUGUGUGAUCUUGGCCGUCAAGUCACGAUCAUCAUUAUCGUGGUGCCGAUCGUAUCCGUCGCGUUGAUCGUUGGUUGUGUCUGCUGGUGUUGUAUUUCGACUAGGAGACGAAGGCGAGAAAUAGCGCAGAAGAGGCAAAGUAAUGUUCAAACUCUGGCCGGCGGGGUCCGGGAACCACCAACUCAGUAGCUAUUAAUCCUAAUAUUGAGAUACCCUGCCUGUUUAACUCGGUUCAUAUAUCAUGCAUUUUCCUGUUAUAGCAGCAAGUCUCAACAAGUCCAAUGACCGAAACCAGUUCCUACUGUAUGGAUUGCUCACGAACCCAAGAGACCUUUGACUCAUCUUUCGUUCGUCUCGAAGUAUUUCCCGCUCAAACGUCUCCCUCUCCCUCCCACUUCCCUCAGGUAGAACACACUCCGCCCGAGCGAAACGCCUAUUUGCAAGUUUUGCCGCAAG